AUGGCGCUCAGUAGCUUCAACCGCCCCUUCACCCUGGACCCCUUUUUCGACCUGGGCUCUUCCGGGCUCACCGACCCCUGGGGCACGUGGGGCGGGGGAGGGUUUGGGGGAGGGUUUGGGGGUUUUGGGGACUGGUACGGCUCGGGCGCGCGCGCGCCCGGCUUCUACCGGGGGGAUAACACCGACCCCGACCAGUGGGCCAGGACGAUGCGCGAGCGGAGGGCCAUCCUGAACACCGAUGUCGACUGGGUGGAGUACCCGGACGCCCAUGUCUUCUUCAUCGAUAUGCCUGGCGUUCCCAAGGAGAACGUGAAGGUCCAGCUGGAGCAGGACCGCACGCUGGUGAUUCGCGCGGAGCGCAACACGACGCCCAAGGGCCAGGACUUCACCUUCCACCGCGCCGAGCGGGGCGACUUCUUCAUGCGCCGGUUCAGGCUUCCCGCCAACGCGGACACGUCCAAGAUCGAGGCCAAGUUCGACAAUGGAGUGCUGGAGGUGAAGGUCCCCAAGAAAGAGGAGGCCGUCAAGCACGAGACCAAGGAUGUCGAAGUGAAGCACGAUUAG